GUCCUAUUGUUUGAUUUCGCUUUAAUAGACCAACAUUAUGGAGACUAAUUGUCUUCAGUGACUUCCCUUUGUGCGUGUCUUGUAAGAAAGGAAGCGUAACAAUGACGAUUGUUGGCCGUCGCUGGAGAUAAGUGGGUCGAGACGGCCUGAUAGUGACAUCACAAGGUUGAUUGUGACGUUGUAUCAACGUUGAAAUCUCGUGCUGGUGACAGGUGUCAGUACCGGGCACGCAGUGACGUCACAGCACGGAAGUGCGAGAGCAAGCAUGUUUCAUCUCUCUGUAUCAUUCGCGUGAAGUCCAAUUGUCAUCCGGAGCCUUUUUCUCUUUUUGUGACGUUAGCGUGAUAGGACAUCGCAGUGUCGGGAACGUUUCGACAUCAGUUUAGAUUCGUCGAGCUGCAGUGAUGAGGCAGGGCGAGUAAGAAUUCGAAUAAUCCGGAUACAAACUCGUAGUGUCGUCGCUCACAACAGCACAGCGAGGUCGAGUAAUCCCUCCGUCAAUUUCCGGCCUCGCCGCGCUCUGUCAUCCGCCACCGAUGUUAUCGCGAUGCGGUGCGGUCAGGCGUAGCUAAGGCUCGCAGUGCACACAACGGUUCGCCGUAGCCGUAGUUGGGGCUUGGCCAGCGGGCCCCGGUUCGUGUGAGUUCUGUCACCUCGCUGAAAUAUGAGCUUUGAGCGCAAUGCGAAGACGUUGAGGCUAAUUGUGACGUGUCAUCUAAGAUAAGUUGGAUCCGAACGAGUUCACUGGACACACACUAUGCAACCGAGUCAUAGACAUAGCAACUGUAUGUAGUAGCGCCUGGUUAGUUGCAAGCUAGCAUGUACAGAGUUGUAACUCGUUGAGAUUUAACACUAAUCCGAGGAAUCCUGUUGAGCAAGACCGUGUGUGUGUGCGUGCUCGCACAUUGGAGCCCGCGGCGGUGCGCUACAUAGUGAGUGUGUGCUUGCCGCCACGAUUUCAAUGCAUUCGAUUUAGAACUGAUAGACCAGAUUUCGACACCGAUACAACUGUCGUUCAAUGCAGCGAUUGAAUUUUAACCGCAAGCGGAUGCACCAUGCAGCAGAAGUCCACGUCUUGUAAUAUUUGAAUGUAGAAAGCAGACUUGAGCGACUUGUAAUGCAGCCAGAGUACGACCCCCAUUUCAGAAUAACAUUCCUGACCCAGUUACAGCACUUAAGUUAGAUCAAGUAACCACUUGUGUGGCUAAAACAGUUUUCUUUUCGGCAGAUCUGUCUACUUGUUUGUGUUGUACUGUUUCUAACUCAGUUUGCUAAACUUGCUUUUGUUUAUUUCAGACGCUACUAAGCAUUAAGCCAUUUUAAAUACCAUUAGCUAAUAGCUAUAUACACCUGAACGACAAAUCGCUAGUCCCUUCGGAUUGCGAUCAACAACUAGACAACGACCGAGCUACUGCAUUAGCAUAGCGGAUACCAUUCCACCGGAUUUACCUCUAUGAUGCUACGGUGAAAGAGCGAUGUUCAGAAUCCGUUCCUCCUCCACGAAUGCGAGAUCAGAACCCGCCAACUUAAUUAAUUCAAGAGCAGCUCCAUCUGAUGUGUCGAGCAUGUCUCUGCUUGGCAGCAGCAGUAGUAAUAACAACGCAAGAAACCGCGCGAUCGAGAACGAUUAUACGGAACACCCAGGCCAGAGAUUGCGACCUGGUUCGGCGCCAGCAUCCAGUGGUGUCUUAACUUCUUCCAUCCGUGAUGCAGGAAGACAUAGAGAAGAUCGCCACCAUCGUCACCACAGGGACCCCCGUCACAGAAAUCGAUCGCGGCGUCACUGCCAUGCUCUUCCUCUUCCAGGAUCGGCGACGAGGAUGACAACUGCGUCUUUACCUUCUCAUCUGGUUUCCCGGGACCUACGAUUAGCCGACAGUGGUCGCUUUGCGCCCGCGGUCCCUGCCCGACCAUUUACCAUCGGACAUUCCCAACCUCGCCGGCAGUUAAGCGACGACGUUUUAUAUCGCUCGAGACCAGCUCCACCCUUGCCACCAUCGAGUGAUUCUCCACCUCCUCGCCGGACUUCCAACGUAGCUCCUCCGCGUCCUCCACCACCGCCUCCCGAGGUCGCUGCGAGGUUGGGCGUUGAGGUUAGGCCACGUUUAGCGAAAGUCGACGCAGUUACGCAAACGGUUUCAACCGGCCCUGUACAAACUGUGCAACCGACGCCGAUGGGCAAUAACGAGACAAGCGACAGGUCCAGGGUUAUAAUUUCGCAGCCAAAACCACAGAGUAAAAAAACUUCAAAAGCCACUAAGUCCGAAGAUAAACUUUUAAAAAAGCCCCUCGUCGUGGAUUUAAAAAGCGAUAAAUCAACGAAGACCUCUGUUUCGAAUCAAGAUACAACGUUAAAAAAGAAUCUGGUUCGAACUUCGUCCAUCGAUUCGAAUAGAGACGACGAAAGGCAGCUUUUAGGAGGAAACCCUGCGGAUGGGAACGGCAAUAAUAAACUAGGAGAAGUUUGCCCACGGUGCAAGAACUGUCCGCGGUGCAGGGAAAGUGGAAAUGGCGAGCCUGAAACGCCAAGAGGCUCCCGACACUGUUGGAUGUGCAACCGACGUUGUGCGUGCACUGUCCACGAUUGUGUUGAGGUCGCCACCUGCGUGUACUGUGUACGGGCCGGCCUUUAUCACUGCACGAACUAUGACGACAACGAAGACUUAGCGGACAAACCGUGUUCAUGUCGCGGUUCCGACUGCUGUCUCCGAUGGACGGCGCUCAGCGUCCUCUCCAUCUUCCUACCCUGUCUUCUGUGCUACCCAAUCGCGAUGGGCUGUUCACGCGCCUGUAAAGCUUGCUCCCCUAAACAAGGAUGUAAGUGUAAAGACUCCUACAGAUGACGGGCACGAACAGGGACUUGCCACAACACGGAGACCCAAGACUCCCAACGGCGCCGUGGUGCCAGAGAGAUUAAUGUUUCAAAAUAACAACCCAGUUUCCGCCCGUGAUGCCGGGACAACAACGCGAUACCUCCCAUGCCGUUUCCGUUAUUGCAUUUUAUUUACCUCCUCCUUCCCGCGCUCCCCCACAACGCGGCUAACCAAGGAAAGUGAUGACAGUGAUGCCGUGUAAACCACAUUGGCAACACUGGCCACACAACCCCGACCACGCUUGCUUUACGCAGCCUGCAAAAUAGCUUCUCACCCAACGCUGCCACGACCGACCCCGCGCUUGCACUGCGCAUGCGCACGAUGAUUGCCAACUUUAACGUUUCAUUUCUUCGGCCGUUUCUGCUACUUUUCCAAAAGUUCUUCUUUAUUUAUUCUCCGGUUAUUUAUUUUGCUCGCCUCGUGCUUACAUAAACUAUUUUGCCAACCUAACCCGACGUAUUCACCCCAACCAAGCGAGCCCUCGCAUACUUUUACCCAAACCCCACCUACCCCGCUUAUGGCACGAGCAGCCCGCCGAACCCUUUCGUUUCAACUUUCGUUGUUUUAUUUCUUUCUGAUAAUUUUAUUUCUCCCGAGUUGUCGUAUCGUUGUGUUUCAGUUGUAUCAUACCACGUUGAAUUAUUUAUGUAUAGAGAUAGACUAUUGAUGAACGCGUCGAUUACAACUUUAGAUUCUAUCCACGUUUAGUCCGUUUAUUUUCGGCCAACAUAUUCCUAAUCAGCAUGUGCUGUCACUUAGGAACUAUAUACUGUUCUCAGAUUAAUAAAGCCCCGUUCCCGUCGGCUUCAGAACACGGGCCCCACUUGUACUUGAAUUGCACGUGAUUAUUGUGUACUCAAAAUGGACUUUAUGGCGAUUUCGAUUAUACUUGGUUCUGCACCGAGAAACAAUACACAAAGAAAGUUUA